AUGGAGGAUGAACCUUACAAACCUCCACCUCCGGGGUAUAAUGAUGAUAGUGAUGAUGAGAAUAGCAGUGGAGAAGAGAAACAGGAUUUGCAUACCCCUGUUUCCUCUGAUGAAGAAGCUGAGAAGCAAUACUGGCCCGAGUUCCAUGAUGAGUAUGGAUUUGGAGAAGGCCACUUUGAAGUAGGCACCAAGUUUGCAACUCUUGAUGAUUUUAAAGAAGUGGUGAAGGACUUGUUCAUAUUUGAGGGUAGGCAGCUUCAGUGGAUUAAAAAUGAUAAAGAAAGGGUUCGGGUGGACUGCAAAGGAGAAGAAUGUCCAUGGGUUGUACAUGUAUCCUACAAUAAUUCUCUUAGGUGCUUCCAGGUUAAAACUUUUAAAUCUGAGCAUACAUGUGCAAGGGACAUAGGGAGUAAUGCUGCUGACCAACAUUGGCUGAGCAACAAAAUUGAAAAAAGGCUAGCUAUCCAUCUUCAGAUGACUAGGAAGGAGGCUAGUGAUUUUCUGAAAGAUGAGUUUGGGAUACAUCAUAAUGAUAAGAUGGUUUAUAGGGCACUAAAGGAGGCAAGAGACAGAAUUGUCGGAAGCGAGAGUGAGCAAUAUGGAAAGCUGAGGGAUUAUCUAUUCGAACUCUUACGCAGCAACCCUGGAUCUACUGCACUCUUAGAAGGGGACUUUGGUGGACAGUUACUUUCAGCGAUUGCCCAAGAUGCCAAUAAUCAUUUCUAUACCAUUGCUUAUGCUGUUGUCGGAUCAGAAACAAAGGAGUCAUGGAAAUGGUUUUUAACUCUCUUACAAGAAGAUCUUGGGAAUGCAAGUGUGCAUGGAUGGAACUUUAUGUCGGAUCAACAAAAAAUGGUUUUUAAAUCAUUGAACAAGCUUUUACUCUCAUUAGCCAAGGCAGGGGCUGCUAUCAUUAAUUUUUCACUUGCUGAUAUACCCUUGUACACUAUCGUUGAAGGACUUCUUGAAGCAAUGAAAGAGGUGAUGCCCGAGGCACCACAUCAUAAUUGUGUGAUGCAUAUGUGGAAAAACUUCAUCAACCGAUUUAAGGAUCUGCAAGUCAGAGAUGUGGUUUGGGAGUGUGCAAGUUGUUCAACCCCUCCUGAGUUUGUAGAGACUAUGGAAAAGCUUAAGAAGAUUAAUGAAGAGGCAUGGGAGUAUCUUACAAGAUUUGAUCCUCGGGUGUGGGUGAAGGUUUACCUUAACGAUGGCCCCAAAGUUGAUUCUUUGACAAAUAAUAUGUGUGAAUCCUGGAAUGCCAAAAUAGAAAAGGACAGAGUGAAGCCCAUUCUUACAAUGUGUGAAGAAUUGCACUGUUAUGUCAUGAGGAGAAUGACGAAGCAUAUCACUCUACUAUCAGAUUAUCCUGGAAAGCUUGCUCCCGUACAGCAAAAAAGACUUGGCCGAUUGAUUAAGCCCAGCAACAGAUGGAAUGCAGUAUGGACAGGUGACAAUGAGAGGAAACAGUUUGAAGUGAGUCGCAAGACAUCAAGAGUUGAUGUUGAUUUGAUGAAGCAUACUUGUUCAUGCAACAUGUGGCAACUAAUAGGAAUGCCUUGUGUUCAUGUGAUUGCUGCUAUUAGGAAGAAGCAUGACAAGCCAGAAGAUUAUGUGCACAAAUGGCUUUGCAUGGAGUCCAUCUAUCUGACUUAUGCACACUCAAUCCAACCAGUUCCCAGUGAAGAAUAUUGGCAUAGAACAGGUUAUAUCAAGCCAAAUUCUCCACCCAUCAAGAGGCCCAUUGGUAGGCCAAAGGUGCAUAAAAGAAAGAAGGAUCCAAUAGAGGAUUUGAUCCAAGGGGACAAGGUAAGAAAAACAUUUCGCAUAACAUGUAGUAAGUGCGGCGAGAAGGGUCACAACUACAAGAGUGCAAGGGAGCACCAUCUAAUCCUAACUGGAAGCCUAAAACCAGGAAACCAAAGCACUAGAACUCAAGUAGUCAAGCAUUAG